UUGUUUAAGUACAGUCGCAUUUAGUUGGAGCUGCAGGAGAGAGACAGAGAGAUUCUCUGUGUUUACAGCCAGCACAGGCUACGGCGAGCAUCUAACCUGGCCCCCCCUUUCUCCAGCACUUGAAGGGGAGAGUGCGAGGUUAUUUGGGAAUCUGGCCACCCUGGGUCAGCUUUUGCUGCAACUGGAUUGUGAGAGCUGGUAAAGCAGAGCCCAGGGGGACUGAAGGGAGACACGAAUCCCAUUUUAUCUGAGAGGAGAGAAGGAAAAAAAAAAAAAAAAAAAAAAAGAGAUAAAUUGAGAGAGAGAGAAGCGAAGAGACGGAGAAAAAGGCAGAGGAAGCGGAGCGAGUGAGAGAGAAGCAUGAGGACCUACUGGCUGCACAGUAUCUGGGUGCUGGGAUUCUUCCUGUCCCUCUUCUCCUUGCAAGGGCUGCCAGUCCGCAGCGUGGAUUUUACCCGAGGUACCGAUAACAUCACCGUGAGGCAGGGGGACACAGCCAUCCUCAGGUGUUAUGUAGAAGACAAAAGCUCCAAGGUGGCCUGGUUAAACCGUUCUGGAAUCAUUUUUGCUGGAGAGGACAAGUGGUCCCUGGACCCUCGAGUAGAGCUGGAGAAAAGAAACCCCCUGGAAUACAGCCUGCGGAUCCAGAAAGUGGAUGUCUAUGAUGAGGGGUCCUAUACGUGUUCAGUGCAGACACAGCAUCACCCCAAGACUUCCCAGGUUUACUUGAUCGUGCAAGUUCCACCAAAGAUCUCCAAUAUCUCCUCGGACAUCACCGUGAAUGAGGGCAGCAAUGUGACUCUGGUUUGCAUGGCAAAUGGGCGUCCUGAGCCUGUCAUCACCUGGAGGCACCUCACCCCAACAGGCAGAGAGUUUGAAGGCGAGGAGGAGUAUCUGGAGAUCCUAGGGAUCACGCGAGAGCAAUCGGGCAAAUACGAAUGCAAAGCUGCCAACGAGGUUGCUUCAGCAGACGUCAAGCAAGUCCGGGUCACUGUGAACUACCCUCCCACCAUCACAGAGUCCAAGAGCAAUGAAGCGGCCACAGGACGACAAGCCUUACUCCGGUGCGAGGCAUCAGCAGUGCCCACGCCUGAUUUUGAGUGGUACAGAGAUGAUACCAGGAUAAACAGCGCCAACGGUCUGGAGAUAAAAAGCACGGGGAGCCAGUCUCUGCUGAUGGUGGCCAACGUCACUGAGGAACACUAUGGGAACUACACCUGCGUGGCUGCCAACAAGCUGGGAGUCACAAAUGCCAGCCUAUACCUUUACAAACGAGUUUUACCCACACUCCCCAAUCCUUUUCCAGGACCCGGCACAGGGAGAGUAGACAACGGCUCCAUGAGUUUGGCCGUCCCACUGUGGCUGCUGGCAGCGUCCCUUCUCUGCCUACUCAGCAAAUGUUAAUACAGAUCAGAAUUAAAAAUAAUAAUAAUAAUAAUAAUAAUUAAAAAAAAAAAAACCAACACGACAACAACAACGACAACACACAAAACAAAACGCGUUAUACAGGAGACAGAGCGAAGAGAGGGGAGAGAGAAAAAAGAGAGGGGGAGGGGGAGAGAGAGAGGACUGUUUCUUUCACAACUUUUGUGUGUUCAGGAGCGAAGAGGGGGGAGAGGAAAAAUUACAGCAAAGAAGACUCAGCAACAUUUAAUCCGAAACCUGACAAGCCGGCUGUCAAGUCACUGACCGACAAGGAGGCAACACGAAGCAAGGGAGAGAAUGGGACACCAGCAAGGAUCGUGUCGCCGGAGGAUGCUGCAGUGCAAACAAUCCAACAAAACCUGCAAAGCCAAUCAAAACAGAAGAUCCCUUUUUUUUUUUCUCUCCUCCUUCCUCUUUUCCAUGCUCCCUCACCUUCCUUCCUUCCUUCCUCCUCUUUCUUUCUUUUGCAGAAAGAGGUCUUUGCUUCGGUGUCUAUAGCCACUUAACUUUUUGGAUGCCCUGGGUCAUUUUUGUGAGCCACUGCUCAGCCAGUUCAUACUUUUGAAAACAAACAAACAAAAAAAAAAGAUAAAAAGAAAAAAAAAAAGCCACAAACCAGAGUAAGUCACCUGAAGCUCUCUGCACACUGGUGUCCUGUGAAGAACCCCUUCUUCUCUUUGCUUCACCCUGUGCUCGUGUGCACCCAGCCUUUGCUAAACUCCUUCUUUCUUGUCCCCCUCCUUCAUGCAAAAUCACUCUCACUGGCCUGAACUAAAGCUGUGUCAACUCUACUCAAAACAUACUUUUCUUUCGUUAUUUUUUUUUCAAUCCUCUCCCUCUCCCACCUCAAUUUGACCAGGUGUCCUCCUCUUUCUCCCGUGUAUGCCUGUGUGCGUGCGUGCAUGUGUGGCUCGCGCUCCGUCUCCUCUCUUUCUCUUGUUCUCUCUAAGCAUGCAAAAGGAACAGUCCAUGUGUACGUAUGCUCAUCCUGCUGUAGAUAAUGUCCUGCCUUCUAAGUGUGAGACAAGAUGCUGAGAGAUCACUCAGGCAGAGAAGAGGGUCGAGGGGAGAGGGGCAGCUGCAACACAGGUUCCCGUGGUGUCCCCUCUCCGCCAUCCUCACUGGCUUUUUGACUCAUGGUCACCUUGCUUGCAAGAGGCAGUCUGCACUUUUUGUUUAGCCUUUUUUUUUUUCUCUCCCACCUGCAACCUGUUUGGCUUUCAGCCUUCCAGUACCAGCAUAGCAGCCCCUGCUAUGUAUGAGUGCUUGCACACAUGCUUGGGGGUGUGCACACGUGUGCAUUUGUCCAAAUAAACAGAAGAAAACAGGACUGGCCUGCAGCACGACAGAGCACAGAGGGAAAAGGGACGGGGGGGCACUGGGAUGUGAGCAAUGAGACCUUGGCCAUCAUGGAGCAGCCAUUCUUGUAGGUAAAGUGUGUGUGUAGGAAUGAUGCCUCGACGUGAAAACCACAAUCUGGUCAUUCCCAACCGUUUUUUUAGUCAUGCAAAAAUAGAGCCAAUAGCCUUUUUUGUUGUUGUUCUUACUGUCCUCCCUGUUAUAAAAGGAAACGUACGCUGUGUAAGGGUCAGUGUGCGGGUAUGGCUGUGUGUAUAUUUUACACCAUUGCUACUACAAAGCUCACUUUUCAAAUUCCACAUUCAAAACAGAUUGGGUCAGAAAGUGUCCAGGACCUGUGAAUGGAAGAAGAAAAACAAAUUUCAGGUUCAAAAUCCUGGGCUUAUAAAGAAGGAACUUAAAGUGGUGCAGCAAAGAAGCAGGCAGCACAAUUCCCCCUUGCUCGCUCUUCUCAUCUGAAGGCUGCUGCUCUUGCCAGAGAGGGUGACCCCCUCCCAUGGCAGAGUCUCGUGUAAAGAUGCCAACAGGAGAUGCUCCUGAGAGAGGAGAAUGAGAGCGAAGGAACAGGCUGUGUGAGAAACAGGUUAAGAAAAUGCUGGGUGGUGGCUGGAAAUUGCUGCACCAGCAACAGGUCUGCUGCAGGGGACAGAAGGAGCAGUGGAGAGAGGAGGCCGACAGUCGUACGCUCCAGUGGCUGCAGCGCGUGUGUGUGGGUUGGGGCAGUGGGGAGAAGCCUCCUGUGCUUCCAGGCCAGUCACAAGCCCUGGCAUCCACAGCAGCAACAAUGGUAAAACAUGGUGUUUAUCAGGUAGCCACUCGUUUUUUUUGGGGGGGAGGGAUGUGCAGGGAGGAACUCGAGUUAGCCCACGCAAGUUGAGUGACCAUCCCGUGGCAGUGCAGUGUUUCACAGGUGCUUGGCACCAUGGAGCUUGCUAUUCUGUCACCCAGUGACAGCAGCACCCCUGGCAGCCAUGCUCGCACGCCAUUGAAGGCAAGGGGGGAAAGAGCUGUGGCGUGUGGGAGGAGAUACCCACCGGGUGAUCCCCUGCCAGGAAGGAGAGUGGGAAUUGCUGUCCGUGAGCCCGUGCCCGGCCUCACACAGGGCUGGGGCACGCUCAGCCCAGGCUUCUCCCUGCCACUCAAGCGAGGUGCUUUCACCUUGCACUGCGGCACUGAUGGCCUCCUCUCUGCUGAGCUCAGCUCUUCCGGGCAGCAGCAGGCAGGCAAUUAAGCAGGCAGUCAAGGGCUCCUCCAAAGCAGGCAGCCAGAAUGAGUGAGGAAAUGUUAGAGAGACACCAGAGGCUGAAGUUUGGGUGGUGGCAGACUCGCUACAUGGAUCUGCUGUGGAUUUGGAUCAUGCUCCCCCUGCUCUUCCAGGCCCCAAAGCCAUAUCUGGGGGUGCUUGUGCCUUGGUGCAAGAUAGAGGAGCUGGGCAACUGGUUCUUGAAAUCUGCCCAAGGCAUCCAGGGAUGGCUCCCUUCUUCUGAGACAGGGAGGUCACUGGUGUGACUUGUGCAUCUCCUCUGGAGACUGGCAUGCUGCAACCUAGGAAAAAAAAUGCCCUGUAUCCUUCAGAGCAUUCAGACACCCCAGUCCUCGUGCCUACCUCUCGGGAGGGUCGUGUUGUUCGAUGUCUUAGUAACAACUCCAAAUUUCCUGCUGCAACAGGGCUCCUCAUCCCCCUGGCACGGCCACAAGCUGAUGGUGGUCCCAGAAGCCAGGGCUGGGAGCUACACCACCUCCAGCACACUGGCACAAGGGAGAACACCACAUCACUGGCACUUCUCAUUCUCGGGGCUGUACCUACACCUGAAUUUAUCAUCACAGGCUUCUUGUGAGAAGUUGGGCAGCCUGCAGACAGUGACUUGCUGUUCACAGGCUCUUCCUAAGGGCCAGGUCAGGCCCACCAUUUUCUUUUGGUUGAGGCUUCUCUUUGAUGUCACCCUGGUUGCUGUUGUAAGAUCCAUCCUGCGUGUUGUCCUCUGCAUGUGUUUUUUUUUUUCCUGUGGGGUCACUUUUAGGUGCUGGGUUCACGUACAUCACAGCCUUGUGGUAUGAUAGUGGUCACAAGUUCCAGCACCUCGUUUGUGUCUCAUCUUUUUUUAGUUUGAAAGAGUUUUGAGGGGAUAUUUUUUUAGAUGUCAAGGCACAGAGGCUUAUGGUUAAAGGGAAAAAUAUUACUAAAGACAGGACACCCAUUUUUUGAAGCCACUUGCCUAUUGGCUAGAAGAAACAGCCAUAACCCCCAUGCUGGGACCUGGUCUUGCCUGCAGGACCUGGGCAUAUCUGUGCCUCUGUCGUGGGGCUGUGGAACAGGGUUAAAGCCAGUUAUUUGCAGACCUGUCUGAGCAAGCCACAAACACCAAGUACGCCUGGUAUCUGCAGCAGUGUUGGGAGCCCCACUCCUGGCAAUGUCUGUUCCUAGCAGGGCUGGGGGAGUCCUGGGUAGGCUGGAGCUUGAUUUACUCCAAGAAUCUAAGCCUGCCAUGUGUGUCACGGGAUGCUGUGAACAUCCCCCUGUUUCUCCUGACCUCAAGGAGGGAUCGCUCAAAGCAUCUGUCGAGGGGAGAGCCCAGAUAAGCAUAGGAAACAUGGGCAAGGUCAAAUGCUUUUCCCCAUUCUUUCUCCCUUCCACCCUUUGCCAGAGAUGUUGCAAAGGGUUUUCUCAUGUCUCAGGCCCUUUUCUCUGAAGCUAUUUCUCCUCCUUGUUUCUACUCCGCAUUCAUGUUGCUCUCUUCCCCAUCUCCUCCUGAAAAGCUGCGCUCCUGUUUCCUGCUGCCUCUCAGCUGGUUGGGGACUGGGGGAGACGGGAGUUUGGAAUGGGACACCAGUUCCUUGAGCUUGUCAGUGUAAUUGUGUUUGAUUGAUGGAGAUUUAACAUUUAGUGUUAUAAAAAGAAAUGAACAAAAUGAAAAAAAAAAAAAAAAUUUGUAUUUCUCCUACUGGUUUGUAAAUAUUACAAGAGUUACAUGAGAUGUCUGGUAAUGUCCAAGCAGAGGAACAAAGACUUAGAUUUAAUAUAUGGCCCCAUACCUGCUAGCAGAUUUCUAACCCUUUUCAGAUGACCAAGAGGAGGGGUGAAGGCAAGUCUUUCUGAAAGGAACUGGACAGGGGAACUGCAGUCACGCCGAGCCACAUGAGCUCCACGCAUGACUGUAGCGUGUUGCUUGGGGUGUGUGUGUCUGGUCAGACGGAAAACGAAGCAGACGCCUGUCUCUGAACGGCUGGGAAGGGCGAUGUGGGAUGCUCCAGCCGACACCUGUAUCUUGGCAGUUGUGUUCAUUUUUCUUUGUUUGCAGUCCGGCCCCUCGCGGGUGUGUUGCUCAGUGGUGCACUCCCCUCCUCCCCUCCUCCCCGCUUUCUUCACCAGUGAAGUUGUGUCGCCCCAUGCUAGCACCAAGUGCAUGUUAACGUGCCAUUCAUGAAGAUUCCAUUGGUGACAUGCAUUGUGUCGAGAGUUAGUCUUUGUCUGCACACCUUUCUCAUGCCACUGACUGUUCACCGCUUGGGCAGAUCUCUCGUGUACUGCUGCUUGCCCCACUUUUGGUCAAAGUAUAUCCAAGCCCCACCAGCUCUUCUUAGCUCCAGGUGCAUCCAGACCACGCCCCCAAGCCACCUGUCUGAGCAAUCCCAUUUUAAAAACCCAAGCUCAUAGCAUGGACAAAGUCACCGCCAAUAUCCACGUGGUCUCCAGGCUGAGUGGAAGCUGCACAUCUGGAAGGAAUUUGGGGGAGCAACAGUGAGUCGUGAUGAUUCAAGAACAUUUGGAGAAGAGUAUCUGGGGAGUCAGAGGAGCUACUUUACAGCUGUCCUUCACAGCCCUUCCACCAGGUGAUGUUUCAGCUCAAUCUUUGUGCAGUGCUUUACCACUUCACCCCUCCCUGAUGAGGGAAUCUAUGAAUCUAUGGGCACAGGGAAACAGCUCUUCUCCUCACAACCCCUCUCGUACCUCUGCUUCCUCUCCUCCAAGCACACUGAUCCACAGCCCAAAUCUUCAUGGUGCUUGAUGUGAUGUAGCAACUUACACCGAGGAUGGCUAACCAAGACAGUCCUACAGAGGAGAUGCUGGGGGGGGUGUGAGCAGUUCUCUCUCUCUCUCUCUUCUGAUGGUGCACAACCUUACUGCUUCUCUGAUUCGAGUAUGCAAAACUUCUUGAGUUAGUUAGGGUUGCCAGGAGCAAACUGUCCCAUGGAAAGAGCAGAACCUCAGGCAGGGAAGUGAUGGAGAAACUGGAUGGCAAUUUUCAAGAUGUGAUGCCGGUGGAAAAGGGUGGGGAUGAGUGCUGGCGAUCAAUCAUCCAUGUGCAGAACUCCCAGGUUUACCAGUGAGGAGACAGCGGCCUCUCAACACUACUCUUAGAGUGGCUUCAUUUCCACUGGGAUGCCCAGAAGACUUUUUUUUUUUAACUGCAUGACUCCUGCUGACUAAGAGCUGUGUCACACCAUUAAAACCUCUUUCUCUUUUCCUUCUUGUAACUUGCUAGAACGAUGUUCGGGCAACUCCUACAGCCCCCCUCAAUUUUGCUUGGUGGUUGGCUCCCAUUAGGGCAAUAUGUGGUGUUUGCUUGUUGAUUCACUCACCAUGACAGGAAAGCAGAAGUCAGCUUGGUGAUGAUGCGUUGGUAUGGUCCUCUAUAUCUCUGUGGCUUGGGGCAAUGUGUUUGAGGCAAGGAGACCAGCCAAGGCAGGGCUUGGGAAAGAGGAGCAGCUUUUCCUAAUUAGCCCAGAUAGGUGGCAAGCAAAGGGUCCUUCACUUACUGCAGGCUCAGGUUAGCUGGUGCCACAGCAACUCAGCCUGCCCUGCAAGCCUUGUAGAAGUGCCCAGGCAAGGGAGGAGGAGGGGGCAGUGCAAGUCAGGAGGACAUGACUGCAGCACGGGUGGUGGGGCUGCAUGCACAGCAGGGCUCCAUGGGCUGGGGAAGGGGCAGAGAUCGCACCCAAGUCCCCGGGUAGGGCAGGACCUUCCUUCCCUGCCUGUGCUCCCGGUGUAUCAAGCACUCACCUCCCAACCCACCCAGGACAUGCACACCACGCUGCGAGGGGUCUCGGUGAGCGAUGCAGUGUGAGACCGCAGUGGCUCCAACCUUGCCCCAGGAACAGGCGUGUGGAUGUUUCUGUAGAUAAUACAUGGGCCACGGAUGGAGAUGAGGAGCAAGACCACGUAGGAGGCAGCCAGUGAGGAGAGCACCUUCUCCAAAAUUAUGACGUUUGAUCCGUCCCCAUUUCGGCCACGCACAGGCACACACGCACACCCCUGCGACCUCUACCGCACAGAUGCUACAGAAGUCCUCAUGGCUACCAUCCAGGCGCUCUCCUUUCCUAUGCCCUCCAUCACACACACAGCCAGACACAUGCUCCUCCACUUGCUCCUGGCGGUGGCUCUGUCUGCCCACACAGCCACAUGGUGACCUCCUGAGGAGACCAGGAGGAAGCACACGUAUGUCUGCACCUGUGGGUGUGGGAGCACAUGCAUGUGCAAGGAACGGGAGGAGGGGGCAAAGACCAGGAACCUGCCUCCACAGUGCCACCGUCACCUCCCAAAAUCUUUCAACUUUCCUAGCUGGAGCCAAGUUUCAUCCUCUAGACCUUGAGAAUGAAGGCCAGUCCCUUCUUCUUGCUACACGGUGGGGUGGUUAGAACUCUCCUCAUUAACAGUGUUAUAUACAUAUAAAUAUAUAUAUAUAUCUAUAUCUUUAUAUAUAUUUUUCCCCAGCACUGUAGACAUGAGCUGAACUUCUCUUUAUCGAAACGAGAAAACGGCCAUUUUAUUUUUUGCCAUUGGUUUGUUUUUGGAACUAGCUCUGUGAAAGAAAAUUUUAAAAGCGCAAGUGUGUGUGUAAAAGAACAGAUCAAAAAAACAAACAAAACAACCCAACGAAUGAACAAAACCCAGUGAUGGAAAUAAAAGAAGCUUUUUAUUUUUUCUUUUCUCAAUGUAUUUAACUUCUGUUAUCUCGUUUCUGUUUCUUUACAUGUAUGAAUGCUCUGCUCUUCUGUGAUCUUAAAAAAAUACAAAAAAAUACAAAAAUUAAAUAAACGUGAAAAGGAGGUAAUGUU